AUGGGUACGGUUACAAAGAAAAGCAAGGAAAAGAGACAUGCAGAGAUGGAAAAGGUCAAGAAGUAUGCAGAUAAAUACCCUCUCGUUGCAGUGGUUGAAAACCCAAGCAUACCCAAUGUUAUACUUAAGAAGAUUAGAGAGGACUUUGAGGGGAUAUCCAAGAUCCUGUUUGUAAGAAAAAAGAUGGCAAGUGCUCUGUACAACAUGCCUUCGAUGCCGAAGGACUCCUUUUUCCUGAUGUUUGGAAACGAAGAGGCCAUUGAAAAAGCAAAGUCUUAUGAGUAUGAGGACUUUCUUGAGGAGAACGACGUUUGUCCUUCACGUGCCGUUAUAGAAAAGCAAGUGGUAAAGAGCAAGGAGAUGAUUGAGAUCCUGCCUGUAUCCAUGAAGGACGAGAAGAUGCAGCUAACAGAGGACUAUGUCGUUUGCGAAGCAGGCGAAACUGUUGAUGAGAAGAAGGCAAGGAUCUUGAGGUUCUUUGGAAAGAGGCUGAAAAAGAAAAACUUGAUUGUGUUUGAUGUUGCACCGACUUCAACUCUCCUGAAGACUGAGAAAGAUUAA